AGUACACACAGUAUUUCCGGUGACUCCAUCUAUGCGAUCGCAAAAAUCGGCAGGAGUGCUAUCCUAGGGGUGAUAUCCGCCUACCUGUCAGCGGAUUCCUCGAUCGCUUACUGAAUCUAAUUGGUGAAUCAAUGGGAGGAAUUGGGACAGUCCAUUUGAAGAUUAAUUGGAAAUCUGGAGCCGUAUGUGGGUCGAAGUUGUAGUGGCCAGUUAAACCCAUCCAUCGCUAUCGCUAGCUUAGCGCGUUUAUCCGGAGGGAACGCUAUUAAAGUGAGACUGCUGAACCGCUGUAAUGAAUAUUAUAAUAAACAGUAACGUUAAUGAUCAAACGCAGUUCACUUCCAGAGACAAUCGAUCAACUCGACAUUUCGGCCGCUUCACGUUGUUUAUGUUCCGCUUUACAGCGUAGCGACAUUCAGCGCGCUUGACAGUAUUUCACAGCAGAGACGGUCGACUUGUCGCUAUCGCUUGGAGCGUCUCGUAGUAGUAGGUGGAGGGAAGGCGGAUCGACUGGCCAAGCCCGCCAUGCCCGGUCCGGUGAGCAGCAAAGCACGGGUGUAUGCUGAUGCCAACACUGUGAAGAGCAAGGAAUACUGGGACUAUGAAGCACAUGUGCCUAGCUGGAGCAACCAGGAUGACUACCAGCUUGUACGAAAGCUUGGAAGAGGCAAAUACAGUGAAGUGUUUGAGGCCAUCAACAUCAACAGCAACGACAGAGUAGUUGUUAAAAUCCUGAAGCCUGUUAAAAAGAAGAAGAUUAAGCGUGAGAUCAAAAUUCUGGAGAACUUAAGAGGAGGAACCAACAUCAUUCGUCUUGUAGACACAGUGAAGGAUCCUGUGUCUAGAACGCCUGCCCUUGUGUUUGAGUACAUCAAUAACACAGACUUCAAGGAUCUCUAUCAGAGACUAACAGACUUUGAUAUCCGGUUCUACUUGUAUGAACUUCUAAAGGCACUGGACUACUCUCAUAGCAUGGGCAUCAUGCAUCGGGAUGUCAAACCUCAUAAUGUCAUGAUAGACCACCAAAUGAGAAAGUUGCGGCUAAUAGAUUGGGGUCUUGCUGAGUUCUACCAUCCCGCGCAGGAAUACAAUGUUAGGGUCGCCUCAAGAUCAUAUAAGGGACCAGAACUGCUGGUUGACUAUCAGAUGUAUGACUACAGUUUGGACAUGUGGAGCUUAGGCUGUAUGUUAGCCAGUAUGAUCUUCCAGAAAGAGCCAUUUUUCCAUGGUCAAGACAACUAUGAUCAGUUGGUCAGAAUUGCCAAGGUUCUUGGAACAGAAGAGCUAUUCAGCUACCUGAACAAGUAUCACAUUGAGCUGGACACACGUUUCAAAGAUCUGCUUGGCCAGCAGACCCGUAAGCGCUGGGAGAACUUUGUUCAGCCAGAGAAUCAGCACUUGGUGAGCCCAGAAGCUCUGGAUUUGCUGGAUAAACUUCUGCGUUAUGAUCAUCAACAGAGACUGACUGCCCAAGAGGCCAUGGAACACCCCUACUUUUAUCCUGUGCUGAAGGGACAGCCUCUGUCAAACUCAGAAGGCGCACUGGCAAUAAGCAGCUCAACCACAACAUGAUGGGCUAAAAGCAGGUACAGGAUGUCACAAAGAAAACCUUUUUACCUCAACGUGUCGUGCAGAGACAUGCUGCCUUUCAGGUGUGAAGCUUCAGUUUACUGGAGCAAGAAGUUAUUAAGCAACACAAGACUUGUACAGAAUGAACACAACGGGCUGUAGUCCUUCUCCUACAUUCACUUUGUAUUAGUGCUGCUUGCCAUCGUUAUCUAGGUACCAAAUUGGUGUUAUUCCCCCAUCUCCCCCCUUUUGAGUUGGACAUCUCCAUUUCAUUUUUGGAACAACACUGAAUUAAGCUAUGAUAUUAUGACUGGGAAAGAAUGCCUGCUCUUUCCCCAUGAUUCUCAGGCUGUUGAUGACUGAUGGGGGCUCCCGAUCCUGGUUGCGUUAUGUGCUGGAAGAUUGUGUUGUUCAAUGACUUGCCCUGCUGAUAUGAGCUCAGAUUAUAAACUAUAGUAUUGUCAGGUAUGGAGGCUUUACUGCAAUUUAUUGAAAAUACGAUAUAUUAAAUGAAACUGUUUUUAAUCCGUCUCAUGAUUUUUCCG